CUCAGAGCAGAGCCAGCCCUGCUCGCGUCCUGUGCCCCGGUCCGGGUCGGCCAGCAGCCCCCCUCCCACUGGGACCACCAUGAGCCCCGCCCUCUCUGCCCUGCUGUGCCUCGGGCUGUGUCUGGGCCACAGGAUGAAGGUGCAGAAAGACGAGCUCCCCAAACCCUCCCUCAGGGCAGAGAAUGGGACACUGGGGCCUGUAGGGAGAAAGGUGACCUUCAAGUGCCGGGGGUCACCGGGGGCUUCUGAAUACCUUCUGGGGAAAGUGCUGGGACCUGGAUUCCAACUUAUUGGCUCUGAGCUGUCACAGCAAGAUGAGGUCGAGUUUUCCAUCCCACGGAUGACACUGUAUCACGUUGGGACCUACUCCUGCCGCUACAGAAAAGAGUCCUACUGGUCAGAGCUCAGUGACCCCCUGGAGCUGGUGGCCACGGAUAGAUAUCGUUCACCCUCCCUCUCAGCCUGGCCCAACUCCACGGUGGCCUCAGGACACAAUGUGACCCUCCAGUGCUAUUCAGGGAAUCGCUAUGACCACUCUGCCCUGUACAAGGACGGAGCACAGGUCACCAAGGCCUCGGCCCAGCUCCUUGCUCAGGGCUCUGUCCCAGAAGGCCCCAGAGGUCUCUCUAAGACACAUGCCAGCAUCUUGCUGGGCGUCUCAGCGCUGCUCAUCCUGCUCUUCCUCCUCCUCCUCCUCCUCUGCUGUCGCUGCCAUCGGGCCAGAAUCACUCAGACCCAGCUGCGACCCCCAUGGAGGAGCCGCUGUGUGAGCUCCCCCGGGGAAGACCCUCAGCAAGUGACCUACGCCCAGCUGGACCUCCGCAGGCUCGGGGCGGGGGCCGAGGAGCCUCCCCCUUCGGCCCCGGAGGCUCCCAGCCUGUACGCCGCCCUGCGCUCCUCCCGGGGAAGACCCUCAGCAAGUGACCUACGCCCAGCUGGACCCCCGCAGGCUCGGGGCGGGGGCCGAGGAGCCUCCCCCUUCGGCCCCGGAGGCUCCCAGCCUGUACGCCACCCUGCGCUGAGCCCGGGCCCAAAGGGAGGAGCCCCGCCCCCGCACCUCUGCCCCGCCCAGGCAGCCGGACCCGCGCCACUGUCAACAGGCAUAAUCAUGACCCCCAUCCUCUCUGCCCUGCUGAGCCUUGGACUGUAUCUGGGCCACAGGAUAAAGACACAGGCAGACACACUCCCCAGACCCUCCCUCAUGGCAGAGAAUGGUUCUUUGGCCCACCUAAUGAAAAGUGUGACCCUCAUAUGCCUGGGACCAUGGGAGGCUGAUGAGUAUGGCCUGGUGAAAACUCAAGGGCUUAGAAGGAUAAAGAUCAUGAGGGUGAAACCAUCUGGAAGGGAGGGCAAAUUUCACAUCUCAUCAGUGACCUUGGACCAGGCAGGGAUCUAUUCCUGCCACUACAGAAAAGCAUUCCUCUGGUCAAAGCUCAGUGACCCCCUGGAGCUGGUGGUCACAGGUCUCUAUGACCCACCCUUCCUCUCAGCCACACCCAGCUCCAUAGUGGCCUCGGGACAGAACGUGAGCCUCCAGUGUGGAUCAGAGCUGUGGUACGACAUGUACACCCUGUAUAAAGAUGGAGAACAGCUGACCCAAGGCAAGGCGCAGCUCCAUGAAGGGAAAUCCCAAACCACCUUCCACUUCUUUCUUAUGACAUCUGCCUAUGGAGGGACUUACCGAUGCUACACCUUUCUCAGGGACACCUCCAAUGUGUGGUCAGCUCCCAGUGACCCCCUGGAAAUUAAGGUCACAGGGACAGUCCCUCCAAGCCCUAAAUCUGAGAACUGGCUGUUUGGUCCUGCAGCCCAGGAUUACACGGUGGGCAACGUCAUCCGCCUCAGUCUGGCCGGGCUGGUGCUCGUCCUCCUGGGGAUCCUGCUGGCUGAAGCCUGGAACAGCUGCAGGGGAUGCCCAGGGGGGGCUCCCGCAUCUUCUGACAGAGGGGAAGCCGGGGCUGGGGGGCCCUGAAGCCGCGGAUCCCAAAGACUCCCGGAGUCCUGCCCACACCCAGAGAGAGGAAGGGCCCAGCAUUUGGGGGGGUCUACACCAGUCUCAUCAUUGGGUGGCGAGUGUCCACACCAUCCCCAUCAAGGGUCCGGCAGGAGCAAUCCACCUGAGCCUUCUCCCGAACAGCUUUGGCCAUCAUGGCUCUGGGGGCCCUAGGCCCACCCUGACCAGCGGUAAGACCCCUUGCUUCCCCCAUGACCUCUCCCAAAUCGGAUUCCCCACGCCCGGGACAAGCCCGCCCUCCGCUGGCCCCGCCCACAAACGCUCUCCCUGCCCCCAUCCCGAGCUCUCCUCUCACCGCUGCCUGGAGUUGCAGACCCGGCUCCUGAUGUUCACAAGAAGGCAUUUGCAGCCCAGGGUCCCUGUGACCCGAGUCAACCUUCCUGUGGGAUCUAAAGGCGCUGCCCUCGCUGCCACCUGGAGCUGCUUCAUCACAGCCCGAGGCUCUUGUCUCAGAUGCUCAAUGUGCCCCUUGCCCGUGAUCACCAGUGCCCCCAGAGGGCGCCCUUCCCCCAAAGGGCCACUGGUCCUGAUUCUCUCCUCAAAGGUCCAGAUUUUGCUCCAUGGCCCUGCCUGGGGGAGAUGUGAGUGGAGUCCGUGGGAGGGGGGAGAGGGGAGAGGAGGGAGAGAAGAGACAUCCGCUCUUCUGUUAUCCAGCUGCUGCAGAAAGGCGCCAUUCCAGCCCCUGCCAGGGAGAAGCACCCAGGACAGGAGCUGCCCGUCUCCACUGGGUCCUGGGGGAAUUUCCCCUUGGCUGAGACUCAGCUCUCCUUCUUCUGGCUGAGCUGAGCCACCUCCUUCCCAGAGGGAGAAAGACCUUUGCCCGUUUACCUGCCCCAUGUGCUCCCAUGGAUCCCUUCUCUCAGUUCCGUGCUGCCGUUCACCUGCAUAAAUGGUUCUUCGCUAUUGGCUGAGCUUAUUCACUGUAGAAUUGGCAUCCGGAGGGAAGGGAGCCCAGCCCCCCAUAGGCAGCUUGGGGCCCUCCUUGCCCACUGAGGGAUAGAGACCGGGAGGGCUUGAAGCUAAAAGGCAUUUGUGAGCAACGUAUGGAAUGGUAUUUCCAUAUAGGGACCAAGACAAAGGUCACAUCCGCUGACCAAGUUAGUUGUACAAAAGAAGCUCUUGAGCCACUGAACUCAUAAACUGACAAAAAUCACCCCAGAACAAGAAGGGAGGAAAGGCAACUGCAAGCACUGAGUGGGCGUGCUUAAGGAGUCAUUGGCAACCCCGAAGGGGGAGCUUCUGCCAUUUCGAACAUGGAUUGCCUGAUGAGGGAGGGCUAACAUGUCAAAGAGGAACAUGCAGUGAGAGGACCAGGAAGUGUGUUAACAUUGUCCUCCCCAGACAGUUGGGGUGAUGAAGGAGGGACUCUUUGCUUCUAGAUAAAAAAUAAAAGGCUCAGUCCUGCAUCUAUAAGUAUGGUAACCUUGCCCCCCCCCCAAGAGCACAGUCUAUUUUUUGCAAGAACCAUAAAUAAAGCAACGUCCUUGUGCAAAAAUGUUGGCAGCAGCUCUUUUUUGUGGUAACAAAGAAUUGGAAAAUAAGUCGAUGCCCAGCAGUUGGGGAAUGGCUGGACAAGCUGUGGUACAUGAAGGUUGUGGAAUAUUAUUGCUCUAUAAAAACUGAUGAACCAGCCAAUUUUAGAAAGUCCUGGGAAGAUUUACACUAAUUGAUGGCGAGCCAGACAAGCAGGACCAGGGAUACAUUGCAGCAAGAUGUGCCAUGAUCAACUCUGAAAGACUUGUUCUUCUCGGUGGUUCAGUGAUCCAGAGACAUCCCACUAGACUUUGCACAGGAAAUGCCAUCUGCACCCAGAAAAAAUCUGAGGAGACUGAAUAUAAACCAACACAUGCGAUGUUUGCUUCUUUUUUUCCAUUGUUUUAUCUCUCCUAAGUUUUUUUGUUUCUUCCCUUUUGCUCUGAUCCUUCUCUCCCAACAUGAUUCAUAAAACAAUGUGUGUUAAAAAUAAGAAAUAAAAGAGAGAAAGUGUGGUUC